AGCAUUGGCGCCUCCUCCUCACAGCCCCCCAGAGCAGCGGCGCCUCUCCUCACAGCCCCCCAGAGCAGCGGCGCCUCCUCCUCACAGCCCCCCAGAGCAUGGGCGCCUCCUCCUCACAGCCCCCCAGAGCAUCGGCGCCUCCUCCUCACAGCCCCCAGAGCAGCGGCGCCUCCUCCUCACAGCCCCCCAGAGCAGCGGCGCCUCCUCCUCACAGCCCCCCAGAGCAGCGGCGCCUCCUUCUCACAGCCCCCCAGAGCAGCGGCGCCUCCUCCUCACAGCCCCCCAGAGCAGCGGCGCCUCCUCCUCACAGCCCCCCAGAGCAUGGGCGCCUCCUCCUCACAGCCCCCCAGAGCAGCGGCGCCUCCUCCUCACAGCCCCCCAGAGCAUGGCCGCCUCCUCCUCACACCCCCCAGAGCAGCGGCGCCUCCUCCUCACAGCCCCCCAGAGCAUGGGCGCCUCCUCCUCACAGCCCCCCAGAGCAUGGGCGCCUCCUCCUCACAGCCCCCAGAGCAGCGGCGCCUCCUCCUCACAGCCCCCCAGAGCGCUGGCGCCUCCUCCUCACAGGCCCCCAGAGCAUGGGCGCCUCCUCCUCACAGCCCCCCAGAGCAUGGGCGCCUCCUCCUCACAGCCCCCCAGAGCAUGGGCGCCUCCUCCUCACAGCCCCCCAGAGCAUGGGCGCCUCCUCCUCACAGCCCCCCAGAGCAGCGGCGCCUCCUCCUCACAGCCCCCCAGAGCAUGGGCGCCUCCUCCUCACAGCCCCCCAGAGCAUGGGCGCCUCCUCCUCACAGCCCCCCAGAGCAUGGGCGCCUCCUCCUCACAGCCCCCCAGAGCAUGGGCGCCUCCUCCUCACAGCCCCCCAGAGCAGCGGCGCCUCCUCCUCACAGCCCCCCAGAGCAUGGGCGCCUCCUCCUCACAGCCCCCAGAGCAGCGGCGCCUCCUCCUCACAGCCCCCCAGAGCAGGGCGCCUCCUCCUCACAGCCCCCAGAGCAGUGGCGCCUCCUCCUCACAGCCCCCCAGAGCAUGGGCGCCUCCUCCUCACAGCCCCCCAGAGCAGCGGCGCCUCCUCCUCACAGCCCCCCAGAGCAGCGGCGCCUCCUCCUCACAGCCCCCCAGAGCAGCGGCGCCUCCUCCUCACAGCCCCCCAGAGCAGCGGCGCCUCCUCCUCACAGCCCCCCAGAGCAGCGGCGCCUCCUCCUCACAGCCCCCAGAGCAUGGGCGCCUCCUCCUCACAGCCCCCCAGAGCAUGGGCGCCUCCUCCUCACAGCCCCCCAGAGCAGCGGCGCCUCCUCCUCACAGCCCCCCAGAGCAUGGGCGCCUCCUCCUCACAGCCCCCCAGAGCAGCGGCGCCUCCUCCUCACAGCCCCCCAGAGCAACGGCGCCUCCUCCUCACAGCCCCCCAGAGCAGCGGCGCCUCCUCCUCACAGCCCCCCAGAGCAGCGGCGCCUCCUCCUCACAGCCCCCCAGAGCAUGGGCGCCUCCUCCUCACAGCCCCCCAGAGCAUGGGCGCCUCCUCCUCACAGCCCCCCAGAGCAGCGGCGCCUCCUCCUCACAGCCCCCCAGAGCAUGGGCGCCUCCUCCUCACAGCCCCCCAGAGCAUGGGCGCCUCCUCCUCACAGCCCCCCAGAGCAGCGGCGCCUCCUCCUCACAGCCCCCCAGAGCAUGGGCGCCUCCUCCUCACAGCCCCCCAGAGCAGCGGCGCCUCCUCCUCACAGCCCCCCAGAGCAACGGCGCCUCCUCCUCACAGCCCCCCAGAGCAGGGGCGCCUCCUCCUCACAGCCCCCCAGAGCAGCGGCGCCUCCUUCUCACAGCCCCCCCAGAGCAUGAGCGCCUCCUCCUCACAGUCCCCCAGAGCAUGGGCGCCUCCUCCUCACAGCCUCCCAGAGCAUGGGCGCCUCCUCCUCACAGCCCCCCAGAGCAUGGGGCGCCUCCUCCUCACAGCCCCCAGAGCAGCGGCGCCUCCUCCUCACAGCCCCCCAGAGCAGCGGCGCCUCCUCCUCACAGCCCCCCAGAGCAUGGGCGCCUCCUCCCCACAGCCCCCCAGAGCAUGGGCGCCUCCUCCUCACAGCCCCCCAGAGCACCAGCGCCUCCUCCUCACAGCCCCCCAGAGCAUGGGCGCCUCCUCCUCACAGCCCCCCAGAGCAGCGGCGCCUCCUCCUUACAGCCCCCUAGAGCAUGGGCGCCUCCUCCUCACAGCCCCCCAGAGCAGCGGCGCCUCCUCCUCACAGCCCCCCAGAGCAUGGGCGCCUCCUCCUCACAGCCCCCCAGAGCAUGGGCGCCUCCUCCUCACAGCCCCCAGAGCAUCGGCGCCUCCUCCUCACAGCCCCCCAGAGCAUGGGCGCCUCCUCCUCACAGCCCCCAGAACAGCGGAGCCUCCUCCUCACAGCCCCCCAGAGCAUGGGCGCCUCCUCCUCACAGCCCCCCAGAGCAUGGGCGCCUCCUCCUCACAGCCCCCCAGAGCAUGGGCGCCUCCUCCUCACAGCCCCCAAGAGCAUGGGCGCCUCCUCCUCACAGCCCCCCAGAGCAUCGGCGCCUCCUCCUCACAGCCCCCCAGAGCAGCGGCGCCUCCUCCUCACAGCCCCCCAGAGCAUGGGCGCCUCAACAUUGGCGCCUCCUCCUCACAGCCCCCCAGAGCAGCGGCGCCUCUCCCUCACAGCCCCCCAGAGCAGCGGCGCCUCCUCCUCACAGCCCCCCAGAGCAUGGGCGCCUCCUCCUCACAGCCCCCCAGAGCAUCGGCGCCUCCUCCUCACAGCCCCCCAGAGCAGCGGCGCCUCCUCCUCACAGCCCCCCAGAGCAGCGGCGCCUCCUCCUCACAGCCCCCCAGAGCAGCGGCGCCUCCUUCUCACAGCCCCCCAGAGCAGCGGCGCCUCCUCCUCACAGCCCCCCAGAGCAGCGGCGCCUCCUCCUCACAGCCCCCCAGAGCAUGGGCGCCUCCUCCUCACAGCCCCCCAGAGCAGCGGCGCCUCCUCCUCACAGCCCCCCAGAGCAUGGGCGCCUCCUCCUCACAGCCCCCCAGAGCAGCGGCGCCUCCUCCUCACAGCCCCCCAGAGCAUGGGCGCCUCCUCCUCACAGCCCCCCAGAGCAUGGGCGCCUCCUCCUCACAGCCCCCAGAGCAGCGGCGCCUCCUCCUCACAGCCCCCCAGAGCAGCUGCGCCUCCUCCUCACAGGCCCCCAGAGCAUGGGCGCCUCCUCCUCACAGCCCCCCAGAGCAUGGGCGCCUCCUCCUCACAGCCCCCCAGAGCAUGGGCGCCUCCUCCUCACAGCCCCCCAGAGCAUGGGCGCCUCCUCCUCACAGCCCCCCAGAGCAGCGGCGCCUCCUCCUCACAGCCCCCCAGAGCAUGGGCGCCUCCUCCUCACAGCCCCCCAGAGCAUGGGCGCCUCCUCCUCACAGCCCCCCAGAGCAUGGGCGCCUCCUCCUCACAGCCCCCCAGAGCAUGGGCGCCUCCUCCUCACAGCCCCCCAGAGCAGCGGCGCCUCCUCCUCACAGCCCCCCAGAGCAUGGGCGCCUCCUCCUCACAGCCCCCAGAGCAGCGGCGCCUCCUCCUCACAGCCCCCCAGAGCAGUGGCGCCUCCUCCUCACAGCCCCCAGAGCAUGGCGCCUCCUCCUCACAGCCCCCCAGAGCAUGGGCGCCUCCUCCUCACAGCCCCCCAGAGCAGCGGCGCCUCCUCCUCACAGCCCCCCAGAGCAGCGGCGCCUCCUCCUCACAGCCCCCCAGAGCAGCGGCGCCUCCUCCUCACAGCCCCCCAGAGCAGCGGCGCCUCCUCCUCACAGCCCCCCAGAGCAGCGGCGCCUCCUCCUCACAGCCCCCAGAGCAUGGGCGCCUCCUCCUCACAGCCCCCCAGAGCAUGGGCGCCUCCUCCUCACAGCCCCCCAGAGCAUGGGCGCCUCCUCCUCACAGCCCCCCAGAGCAGCGGCGCCUCCUCCUCACAGCCCCCCAGAGCAUGGGCGCCUCCUCCUCACAGCCCCCCAGAGCAGCGGCGCCUCCUCCUCACAGCCCCCCAGAGCACGGCGCCUCCUCCUCACAGCCCCCCAGAGCAGCGGCGCCUCCUCCUCACAGCCCCCCAGAGCAGCGGCGCCUCCUCCUCACAGCCCCCCAGAGCAUGGGCGCCUCCUCCUCACAGCCCCCCAGAGCAUGGGCGCCUCCUCCUCACAGCCCCCCAGAGCAGCGGCGCCUCCUCCUCACAGCCCCCCAGAGCAUGGGCGCCUCCUCCUCACAGCCCCCCAGAGCAUGGGCGCCUCCUCCUCACAGCCCCCCAGAGCAGCGGCGCCUCCUCCUCACAACCCCCCAGAGCAUGGGCGCCUCCUCCUCACAGCCCCCCAGAGCAGCGGCGCCUCCUCCUCACAGCCCCCCAGAGCAACGGCGCCUCCUCCUCACAGCCCCCCAGAGCAGCGGCGCCUCCUCCUCACAGCCCCCCAGAGCAUGGGCGCCUCCUCCUCACAGCCCCCCAGAGCAGCGGCGCCUCCUCCUCACAGCCCCCCAGAGCAUGGGCGCCUCCUCCUCACAGCCCCCCAGAGCAUGGGCGCCUCCUCCUCACAGCCCCCCAGAGCAUGGGCGCCUCCUCCUCACAGCCCCCCAGAGCAGCGGCGCCUCCUCCUCACAGCCCCCCAGAGCAUGGGCGCCUCCUCCUCACAGCCCCCCAGAGCAUGGGCGCCUCCUCCUCACAGCCCCCCAGAGCAGCGGCGCCUCCUCCUCACAGCCCCCCAGAGCAGCGGCGCCUCCUCCUCACAGCCCCCCAGAGCAGCGGCGCCUCCUCCUCACAGCCCCCCAGAGCAGCGGCGCCUCCUCCUCACAGCCCCCCAGAGCAGCGGCGCCUCCUCCUCACAGCCCCCCAGAGCAGCGGCGCCUCCUCCUCACAGCCCCCCAGAGCAGCGGCGCCUCCUCCUCACAGCCCCCCAGAGCAUGGGCGCCUCCUCCUCACAGCCCCCCAGAGCAUGGGCGCCUCCUCCUCACAGCCCCCCAGAGCAUGGGCGCCUCCUCCUCACAGCCCCCCAGAGCAGCGGCGCCUCCUCCUCACAGCCCCCCAGAGCAGCGGCGCCUCCUCCUCACAGCCCCCCAGAGCAGCGGCGCCUCCUCCUCACAGCCCCCCAGAGCAGCGGCGCCUCCUCCUCACAGCCCCCCAGAGCAUGGGCGCCUCCUCCUCACAGCCCCCCAGAGCAGCGGCGCCUCCUCCUCACAGCCCCCCAGAGCAGCGGCGCCUCCUCCUCACAGCCCCCCAGAGCAUGGGCGCCUCCUCCUCACAGCCCCCCAGAGCAGCGGCGCCUCCUCCUCACAGCCCCCCAGAGCAUGGGCGCCUCCUCCUCACAGCCCCCCAGAGCAUGGGCGCCUCCUCCUCACAGCCCCCCAGAGCAUGGGCGCCUCCUCCUCACAGCCCCCAGAGCAGCGGCGCCUCCUCCUCACAGCCCCCCAGAGCAGCGGCGCCUCCUCCUCACAGCCCCCAGAGCAUGGGCGCCUCCUCCUCACAGCCCCCCAGAGCAUGGGCGCCUCCUCCUCACAGCCCCCCAGAGCAUGGGCGCCUCCUCCUCACAGCCCCCCAGAGCAUGGGCGCCUCCUCCUCACAGCCCCCCAGAGCAGCGGCGCCUCCUCCUCACAGCCCCCCAGAGCAUGGGCGCCUCCUCCUCACAGCCCCCCAGAGCAUGGGCGCCUCCUCCUCACAGCCCCCCAGAGCAUGGGCGCCUCCUCCUCACAGCCCCCCAGAGCAUGGGCGCCUCCUCCUCACAGCCCCCCAGAGCAGCGGCGCCUCCUCCUCACAGCCCCCCAGAGCAUGGGCGCCUCCUCCUCACAGCCCCCAGAGCAGCGGCGCCUCCUCCUCACAGCCCCCCAGAGCAGCGGCGCCUCCUCCUCACAGCCCCCAGAGCAUGGCGCCUCCUCCUCACAGCCCCCCAGAGCAUGGGCGCCUCCUCCUCACAGCCCCCCAGAGCAGCGGCGCCUCCUCCUCACAGCCCCCCAGAGCAGCGGCGCCUCCUCCUCACAGCCCCCCAGAGCAGCGGCGCCUCCUCCUCACAGCCCCCCAGAGCAGCGGCGCCUCCUCCUCACAGCCCCCCAGAGCAGCGGCGCCUCCUCCUCACAGCCCCCCAGAGCAUGGGCGCCUCCUCCUCACAGCCCCCCAGAGCAUGGGCGCCUCCUCCUCACAGCCCCCCAGAGCAUGGGCGCCUCCUCCUCACAGCCCCCCAGAGCAGCGGCGCCUCCUCCUCACAGCCCCCCAGAGCAUGGGCGCCUCCUCCUCACAGCCCCCCAGAGCAGCGGCGCCUCCUCCUCACAGCCCCCCAGAGCAACGGCGCCUCCUCCUCACAGCCCCCCAGAGCAGCGGCGCCUCCUCCUCACAGCCCCCCAGAGCAGCGGCGCCUCCUCCUCACAGCCCCCCAGAGCAUGGGCGCCUCCUCCUCACAGCCCCCCAGAGCAUGGGCGCCUCCUCCUCACAGCCCCCCAGAGCAGCGGCGCCUCCUCCUCACAGCCCCCCAGAGCAUGGGCGCCUCCUCCUCACAGCCCCCCAGAGCAUGGGCGCCUCCUCCUCACAGCCCCCCAGAGCAGCGGCGCCUCCUCCUCACAGCCCCCCAGAGCAUGGGCGCCUCCUCCUCACAGCCCCCCAGAGCAGCGGCGCCUCCUCCUCACAGCCCCCCAGAGCAGCGGCGCCUCCUCCUCACAGCCCCCCAGAGCAGCGGCGCCUCCUCCUCACAGCCCCCCAGAGCAUGGGCGCCUCCUCCUCACAGCCCCCCAGAGCAGCGGCGCCUCCUCCUCACAGCCCCCCAGAGCAUGGGCGCCUCCUCCUCACAGCCCCCCAGAGCAUGGGCGCCUCCUCCUCACAGCCCCCCAGAGCAUGGGCGCCUCCUCCUCACAGCCCCCCAGAGCAUGGGCGCCUCCUCCUCACAGCCCCCCAGAGCAGCGGCGCCUCCUCCUCACAGCCCCCCAGAGCAUGGGCGCCUCCUCCUCACAGCCCCCCAGAGCAUGGGCGCCUCCUCCUCACAGCCCCCAGAGCAGCGGCGCCUCCUCCUCACAGCCCCCCAGAGCAGCGGCGCCUCCUCCUCACAGCCCCCCAGAGCAGCGGCGCCUCCUCCUCACAGCCCCCCAGAGCAGCGGCGCCUCCUCCUCACAGCCCCCCAGAGCAGCGGCGCCUCCUCCUCACAGCCCCCCAGAGCAGCGGCGCCUCCUCCUCACAGCCCCCCAGAGCAGCGGCGCCUCCUCCUCACAGCCCCCCAGAGCAUGGGCGCCUCCUCCUCACAGCCCCCCAGAGCAGCGGCGCCUCCCCUCACAGCCCCCCAGAGCAGCGGCGCCUCCUCCUCACAGCCCCCAGAGCAUGGGCGCCUCCUCCUCACAGCCCCCCAGAGCAGCGGCGCCUCCUCCUCACAGCCCCCCAGAGCAUGGGCGCCUCCUCCUCACAGCCCCCCAGAGCAUGGGCGCCUCCUCCUCACAGCCCCCCAGAGCAUGGGCGCCUCCUCCUCACAGCCCCCCAGAGCAGCGGCGCCUCCUCCUCACAGCCCCCCAGAGCAGCGGCGCCUCCUCCUCACAGCCCCCCAGAGCAGCGGCGCCUCUCCUCACAGCCCCCAGAGCAUGGGCGCCUCCUCCUCACAGCCCCCCAGAGCAGCGGCGCCUCCUCCUCACAGCCCCCCAGAGCAGCGGCGCCUCCUCCUCACAGCCCCCCAGAGCAGCGGCGCCUCCUCCUCACAGCCCCCCAGAGCAUGGGCGCCUCCUCCUCACAGCCCCCCAGAGCAGCGGCGCCUCCUCCUCACAGCCCCCCAGAGCAUGGGCGCCUCCUCCUCACAGCCCCCAGAGCAGCGGCGCCUCCUCCUCACAGCCCCCCAGAGCAGCGGCGCCUCCUCCUCACAGCCCCCCAGAGCAGCGGCGCCUCCUCCUCACAGCCCCCCAGAGCAGCGGCGCCUCCUCCUCACAGCCCCCCAGAGCAUGGGCGCCUCCUCCUCACAGCCCCCCAGAGCAUGGGCGCCUCCUCCUCACAGCCCCCCAGAGCAUGGGCGCCUCCUCCUCACAGCCCCCCAGAGCAGCGGCGCCUCCUCCUCACAGCCCCCCAGAGCAUGGGCGCCUCCUCCUCACAGCCCCCCAGAGCAGCGGCGCCUCCUCCUCACAGGCCCCCAGAGCAGCGGCGCCUCCUCCUCACAGGCCCCCAGAGCAGCGGCGCCUCCUCCUCACAGCCCCCAGAGCAGCGGCGCCUCCUCCUCACAGCCCCCCAGAGCAUGGGCGCCUCCUCCUCACAGCCCCCCAGAGCAUGGGCGCCUCCUCCUCACAGCCCCCCAGAGCAUGGGCGCCUCCUCCUCACAGCCCCCCAGAGCAGCGGCGCCUCCUCCUCACAGCCCCCCAGAGCAUGGGCGCCUCCUCCUCACAGCCCCCCAGAGCAUGGCGCCUCCUCCUCACAGCCCCCCAGAGCAUGGGCGCCUCCUCCUCACAGCCCCCCAGAGCACGGCGCCUCCUCCUCACAGCCCCCAGAGCAUGGGCGCCUCCUCCUCACAGCCCCCCAGAGCAUGGGCGCCUCCUCCUCACAGCCCCCCAGAGCAUGGGCGCCUCCUCCUCACAGCCCCCCAGAGCAGCGGCGCCUCCUCCUCACAGCCCCCCAGAGCAUGGGCGCCUCCUCCUCACAGCCCCCCAGAGCAGCGGCGCCUCCUCCUCACAGGCCCCCAGAGCAGCGGGCGCCUCCUCCUCACAGCCCCCAGAGCAGCGGCGCCUCCUCCUCACAGCCCCCCAGAGCAGCGGCGCCUCCUCCUCACAGCCCCCCAGAGCAGCGGCGCCUCCUCCUCACAGCCCCCAGAGCAGCGGCGCCUCCUCCUCACAGCCCCCCAGAGCAUGGGCGCCUCCUCCUCACAGCCCCCCAGAGCAUGGGCGCCUCCUCCUCACAGCCCCCAGAGCAGCGGCGCCUCCUCCUCACAGCCCCCCAGAGCAGCGGCGCCUCCUCCUCACAGGCCCCCAGAGCAUGGGCGCCUCCUCCUCACAGCCCCCCAGAGCAUGGGCGCCUCCUCCUCACAGCCCCCCAGAGCAGCGGCGCCUCCUCCUCACAGCCCCCCAGAGCAUGGGCGCCUCCUCCUCACAGCCCCCCAGAGCAGCGGCGCCUCCUCCUCACAGCCCCCAGAGCAGCGGCGCCUCCUCCUCACAGGCCCCCAGAGCAGCGGCGCCUCCUCCUCACAGCCCCCAGAGCAGCGGCGCCUCCUCCUCACAGCCCCCCAGAGCAGCGGCGCCUCCUCCUCACAGCCCCCAGAGCAGCGGCGCCUCCUCCUCACAGCCCCCCAGAGCAUGGGCGCCUCCUCCUCACAGCCCCCCAGAGCAUGGGCGCCUCCUCCUCACAGCCCCCAGAGCAGCGGCGCCUCCUCCUCACAGCCCCCCAGAGCAGCGGCGCCUCCUCCUCACAGCCCCCAGAGCAUGGGCGCCUCCUCCUCACAGCCCCCCAGAGCAUGGGCGCCUCCUCCUCACAGCCCCCCAGAGCAUGGGCGCCUCCUCCUCACAGCCCCCCAGAGCAUGGGCGCCUCCUCCUCACAGCCCCCCAGAGCAGCGGCGCCUCCUCCUCACAGCCCCCCAGAGCAUGGGCGCCUCCUCCUCACAGCCCCCCAGAGCAUGGGCGCCUCCUCCUCACAGCCCCCCAGAGCAUGGGCGCCUCCUCCUCACAGCCCCCCAGAGCAUGGGCGCCUCCUCCUCACAGCCCCCCAGAGCAGCGGCGCCUCCUCCUCACAGCCCCCCAGAGCAUGGGCGCCUCCUCCUCACAGCCCCCAGAGCAGCGGCGCCUCCUCCUCACAGCCCCCCAGAGCAGUGGCGCCUCCUCCUCACAGCCCCCCAGAGCAGGGCGCCUCCUCCUCACAGCCCCCCAGAGCAUGGGCGCCUCCUCCUCACAGCCCCCCAGAGCAGCGGCGCCUCCUCCUCACAGCCCCCCAGAGCAUGGGCGCCUCCUCCUCACAGCCCCCCAGAGCAGCGGCGCCUCCUCCUCACAGCCCCCCAGAGCAUGGGCGCCUCCUCCUCACAGCCCCCCAGAGCAUGGGCGCCUCCUCCUCACAGCCCCCCAGAGCAUGGGCGCCUCCUCCUCACAGCCCCCCAGAGCAUGGGCGCCUCCUCCUCACAGCCCCCCAGAGCAUGGGCGCCUCCUCCUCACAGCCCCCCAGAGCAUGGGCGCCUCCUCCUCACAGCCCCCCAGAGCAUGGGCGCCUCCUCCUCACAGCCCCCCAGAGCAUCGGCGCCUCCUCCUCACAGCCCCCCAGAGCAGCGGCGCCUCCUCCUCACAGCCCCCCAGAGCAUGGGCGCCUCCUCCUCACAGCCCCCCAGAGCAGCGGCGCCUCCUCCUCACAGCCCCCCAGAGCAUGGGCGCCUCCUCCUCACAGCCCCCCAGAGCAUGGGCGCCUCCUCCUCACAGCCCCCCAGAGCAUGGGCGCCUCCUCCUCACAGCCCCCCAGAGCAUGGGCGCCUCCUCCUCACAGCCCCCCAGAGCAGCGGCGCCUCCUCCUCACAGCCCCCCAGAGCAGCGGCGCCUCCUCCUCACAGCCCCCCAGAGCAGCGGCGCCUCCUCCUCACAGCCCCCCAGAGCAGCGGCGCCUCCUCCUCACAGCCCCCCAGAGCAGCGGCGCCUCCUCCUCACAGCCCCCCAGAGCAGCGGCGCCUCCUCCUCACAGCCCCCCAGAGCAUGGGCGCCUCCUCCUCACAGCCCCCCAGAGCAUGGGCGCCUCCUCCUCACAGCCCCCCAGAGCAUGGGCGCCUCCUCCUCACAGCCCCCCAGAGCAUGGGCGCCUCCUCCUCACAGCCCCCCAGAGCAGCGGCGCCUCCUCCUCACAGCCCCCCAGAGCAUGGGCGCCUCCUCCUCACAGCCCCCCAGAGCAUGGGCGCCUCCUCCUCACAGCCCCCCAGAGCAUGGGCGCCUCCUCCUCACAGCCCCCCAGAGCAUGGGCGCCUCCUCCUCACAGCCCCCCAGAGCAUGGGCGCCUCCUCCUCACAGCCCCCCAGAGCAGUGGCGCCUCCUCCUCACAGCCCCCCAGAGCAUGGGCGCCUCCUCCUCACAGCCCCCCAGAGCAUGGGCGCCUCCUCCUCACAGCCCCCCAGAGCAUGGGGCUCCUCCUCACAGCCCCCCAGAGCAGCGGCGCCUCCUCCUCACAGCCCCCCAGAGCAUGGGCGCCUCCUCCUCACAGCCCCCCAGAGCAGGGCGCCUCCUCCUCACAGCCCCCCAGAGCAUGGGCGCCUCCUCCUCACAGCCCCCCAGAGCAUGGGCGCCUCCUCCUCACAGCCCCCCAGAGCAUGGGCGCCUCCUCCUCACAGCCCCCCAGAGCAUGGGCGCCUCCUCCUCACAGCCCCCAGAGCAUGGGCGCCUCCUCCUCACAGCCCCCCAGAGCAGCGGCGCCUCCUCCUCACAGCCCCCCAGAGCAGCGGCGCCUCCUCCUCACAGCCCCCCAGAGCAGCGGCGCCUCCUCCUCACAGCCCCCCAGAGCAGCGGCGCCUCCUCCUCACAGCCCCCCAGAGCAGCGGCGCCUCCUCCUCACAGCCCCCCAGAGCAGCGGCGCCUCCUCCUCACAGCCCCCCAGAGCAUGGGCGCCUCCUCCUCACAGCCCCCCAGAGCAUGGGCGCCUCCUCCUCACAGCCCCCCAGAGCAUGGGCGCCUCCUCCUCACAGCCCCCCAGAGCAUGGCGCCUCCUCCUCACAGCCCCCCAGAGCAGCGGCGCCUCCUCCUCACAGCCCCCCAGAGCAGCGGCGCCUCCUCCUCACAGCCCCCCAGAGCAUGGGCGCCUCCUCCUCACAGCCCCCAGAGCAUGGCGCCUCCUCCUCACAGCCCCCCAGAGCAUGGGCGCCUCCUCCUCACAGCCCCCCAGAGCAGCGGCGCCUCCUCCUCACAGCCCCCCAGAGCAGCGGCGCCUCCUCCUCACAGCCCCCCAGAGCAUGGGCGCCUCCUCCUCACAGCCCCCCAGAGCAGCGGCGCCUCCUCCUCACAGCCCCCAGAGCAUGGGCGCCUCCUCCUCACAGCCCCCCAGAGCAGCGGCGCCUCCUCCUCACAGCCCCCCAGAGCAUGGGCGCCUCCUCCUCACAGCCCCCCAGAGCAUGGGCGCCUCCUCCUCACAGCCCCCCAGAGCAUGGGCGCCUCCUCCUCACAGCCCCCCAGAGCAUGGGCGCCUCCUCCUCACAGCCCCCCAGAGCAUGGGCGCCUCCUCCUCACAGCCCCCCAGAGCAUGGGCGCCUCCUCCUCACAGCCCCCAGAGCAUGGGCGCCUCCUCCUCACAGCCCCCCAGAGCAUGGGCGCCUCCUCCUCACAGCCCCCCAGAGCAUGGGCGCCUCCUCCUCACAGCCCCCCAGAGCAUGGGCGCCUCCUCCUCACAGCCCCCCAGAGCAUGGGCGCCUCCUCCUCACAGCCCCCCAGAGCAUGGGCGCCUCCUCCUCACAGCCCCCCAGAGCAUGGGCGCCUCCUCCUCACAGCCCCCCAGAGCAGCGGCGCCUCCUCCUCACAGCCCCCCAGAGCAUGGGCGCCUCCUCCUCACAGCCCCCCAGAGCAUGGGCGCCUCCUCCUCACAGCCCCCCAGAGCAUGGGCGCCUCCUCCUCACAGCCCCCCAGAGCAUGGGCGCCUCCUCCUCACAGCCCCCCAGAGCAGCGGCGCCUCCUCCUCACAGCCCCCCAGAGCAGCGGCGCCUCCUCCUCACAGCCCCCAGAGCAUGGGCGCCUCCUCCUCACAGCCCCCCAGAGCAUGGGCGCCUCCUCCUCACAGCCCCCCAGAGCAUGGGCGCCUCCUCCUCACAGCCCCCCAGAGCAUGGGCGCCUCCUCCUCACAGCCCCCCAGAGCAUGGGCGCCUCCUCCUCACAGCCCCCCAGAGCAUGGGCGCCUCCUCCUCACAGCCCCCCAGAGCAGCGGCGCCUCCUCCUCACAGCCCCCCAGAGCAGCGGCGCCUCCUCCUCACAGCCCCCCAGAGCAUGGGCGCCUCCUCCUCACAGCCCCCCAGAGCAUGGGCGCCUCCUCCUCACAGCCCCCCAGAGCAUGGGCGCCUCCUCCUCACAGCCCCCCAGAGCAGCGGCGCCUCCUCCUCACAGCCCCCCAGAGCAUGGGCGCCUCCUCCUCACAGCCCCCCAGAGCAUGGGCGCCUCCUCCUCACAGCCCCCCAGAGCAUGGGCGCCUCCUCCUCACAGCCCCCCAGAGCAUGGGCGCCUCCUCCUCACAGCCCCCCAGAGCAUGGGCGCCUCCUCCUCACAGCCCCCCAGAGCAUGGGCGCCUCCUCCUCACAGCCCCCCAGAGCAUGGGCGCCUCCUCCUCACAGCCCCCAGAGCAGCGGCGCCUCCUCCUCACAGCCCCCCAGAGCAUGGGCGCCUCCUCCUCACAGCCCCCCAGAGCAUGGGCGCCUCCUCCUCACAGCCCCCCAGAGCAUGGGCGCCUCCUCCUCACAGCCCCCCAGAGCAUGGGCGCCUCCUCCUCACAGCCCCCCAGAGCAUGGGCGCCUCCUCCUCACAGCCCCCAGAGCAGCGGCGCCUCCUCCUCACAGCCCCCCAGAGCAUGGGCGCCUCCUCCUCACAGCCCCCCAGAGCAUGGGCGCCUCCUCCUCACAGCCCCCCAGAGCAGCGGCGCCUCCUCCUCACAGCCCCCAGAGCAUGGGCGCCUCCUCCUCACAGCCCCCCAGAGCAGCGGCGCCUCCUCCUCACAGCCCCCAGAGCAUGGGCGCCUCCUCCUCACAGCCCCCCAGAGCAGCGGCGCCUCCUCCUCACAGCCCCCCAGAGCAGCGGCGCCUCCUCCUCACAGCCCCCAGAGCAUGGGCGCCUCCUCCUCACAGCCCCCCAGAGCAUGGGCGCCUCCUCCUCACAGCCCCCCAGAGCAUGGGCGCCUCCUCCUCACAGCCCCCCAGAGCAUGGGCGCCUCCUCCUCACAGCCCCCCAGAGCAUGGGCGCCUCCUCCUCACAGCCCCCCAGAGCAUGGGCGCCUCCUCCUCACAGCCCCCCAGAGCAUGGGCGCCUCCUCCUCACAGCCCCCCAGAGCAGCGGCGCCUCCUCCUCACAGCCCCCCAGAGCAUGGGCGCCUCCUCCUCACAGCCCCCCAGAGCAGCGGCGCCUCCUCCUCACAGCCCCCCAGAGCAGCGGCGCCUCCUCCUCACAGCCCCCCAGAGCAUGGGCGCCUCCUCCUCACAGCCCCCCAGAGCAUGGGCGCCUCCUCCUCACAGCCCCCCAGAGCAUGGGCGCCUCCUCCUCACAGCCCCCCAGAGCAUGGGCGCCUCCUCCUCACAGCCCCCCAGAGCAGCGGCGCCUCCUCCUCACAGCCCCCCAGAGCAUGGGCGCCUCCUCCUCACAGCCCCCCAGAGCAUGGGCGCCUCCUCCUCACAGCCCCCCAGAGCAUGGGCGCCUCCUCCUCACAGCCCCCCAGAGCAGCGGCGCCUCCUCCUCACAGCCCCCCAGAGCAGCGGCGCCUCCUCCUCACAGCCCCCCAGAGCAUGGGCGCCUCCUCCUCACAGCCCCCCAGAGCAGCGGCGCCUCCUCCUCACAGCCCCCCAGAGCAUGGGCGCCUCCUCCUCACAGCCCCCCAGAGCAUGGGCGCCUCCUCCUCACAGCCCCCCAGAGCAUGGGCGCCUCCUCCUCACAGCCCCCCAGAGCAUGGGCGCCUCCUCCUCACAGCCCCCCAGAGCAUGGGCGCCUCCUCCUCACAGCCCCCCAGAGCAUGGGCGCCUCCUCCUCACAGCCCCCCAGAGCAUGGGCGCCUCCUCCUCACAGCCCCCCAGAGCAGCGGCGCCUCCUCCUCACAGCCCCCCAGAGCAGCGGCGCCUCCUCCUCACAGCCCCCCAGAGCAUGGGCGCCUCCUCCUCACAGCCCCCCAGAGCAUGGGCGCCUCCUCCUCACAGCCCCCCAGAGCAUGGGCGCCUCCUCCUCACAGCCCCCCAGAGCAUGGGCGCCUCCUCCUCACAGCCCCCCAGAGCAUGGGCGCCUCCUCCUCACAGCCCCCCAGAGCAUGGGCGCCUCCUCCUCACAGCCCCCCAGAGCAUGGGCGCCUCCUCCUCACAGCCCCCCAGAGCAUGGGCGCCUCCUCCUCACAGCCCCCCAGAGCAUGGGCGCCUCCUCCUCACAGCCCCCCAGAGCAGCGGCGCCUCCUCCUCACAGCCCCCCAGAGCAUGGGCGCCUCCUCCUCACAGCCCCCCAGAGCAUGGGCGCCUCCUCCUCACAGCCCCCCAGAGCAUGGGCGCCUCCUCCUCACAGCCCCCCAGAGCAUGGGCGCCUCCUCCUCACAGCCCCCCAGAGCAGCGGCGCCUCCUCCUCACAGCCCCCCAGAGCAUGGGCGCCUCCUCCUCACAGCCCCCCAGAGCAUGGGCGCCUCCUCCUCACAGCCCCCAGAGCAGCGGCGCCUCCUCCUCACAGCCCCCCAGAGCAUGGGCGCCUCCUCCUCACAGCCCCCCAGAGCAUGGGCGCCUCCUCCUCACAGCCCCCCAGAGCAGCGGCGCCUCCUCCUCACAGCCCCCCAGAGCAGCGGCGCCUCCUCCUCACAGCCCCCAGAGCAGCGGCGCCUCCUCCUCACAGCCCCCAGAGCAGCGGCGCCUCCUCCUCACAGCCCCCCAGAGCAUGGGCGCCUCCUCCUCACAGCCCCCAGAGCAGCGGCGCCUCCUCCUCACAGCCCCCCAGAGCAGCGGCGCCUCCUCCUCACAGCCCCCCAGAGCAGCGGCGCCUCCUCCUCACAGCCCCCCAGAGCAUGGGCGCCUCCUCCUCACAGCCCCCAGAGCAGCGGCGCCUCCUCCUCACAGCCCCCCAGAGCAGCGGCGCCUCCUCCUCACAGCCCCCAGAGCAUGGGCGCCUCCUCCUCACAGCCCCCCAGAGCAUGGGCGCCUCCUCCUCACAGCCCCCCAGAGCAUGGGCGCCUCCUCCUCACAGCCCCCCAGAGCAUGGGCGCCUCCUCCUCACAGCCCCCCAGAGCAUGGGCGCCUCCUCCUCACAGCCCCCCAGAGCAGCGGCGCCUCCUCCUCACAGCCCCCCAGAGCAGCGGCGCCUCCUCCUCACAGCCCCCCAGAGCAUGGGCGCCUCCUCCUCACAGCCCCCCAGAGCAUGGGCGCCUCCUCCUCACAGCCCCCCAGAGCAUGGGCGCCUCCUCCUCACAGCCCCCCAGAGCAUGGGCGCCUCCUCCUCACAGCCCCCCAGAGCAUGGGCGCCUCCUCCUCACAGCCCCCCAGAGCAGCGGCGCCUCCUCCUCACAGCCCCCCAGAGCAGCGGCGCCUCCUCCUCACAGCCCCCCAGAGCAGCGGCGCCUCCUCCUCACAGCCCCCCAGAGCAUGGGCGCCUCCUCCUCACAGCCCCCAGAGCAUGGGCGCCUCCUCCUCACAGCCCCCCAGAGCAUGGGCGCCUCCUCCUCACAGCCCCCCAGAGCAUGGGCGCCUCCUCCUCACAGCCCCCCAGAGCAGCGGCGCCUCCUCACAGCCCCCCAGAGCAGCGGCGCCUCCUCCUCACAGCCCCCCAGAGCAUGGGCGCCUCCUCCUCACAGCCCCCCAGAGCAUGGGCGCCUCCUCCUCACAGCCCCCCAGAGCAGCGGCGCCUCCUCCUCACAGCCCCCAGAGCAUGGGCGCCUCCUCCUCACAGCCCCCCAGAGCAUGGGCGCCUCCUCCUCACAGCCCCCCAGAGCAUGGGCGCCUCCUCCUCACAGCCCCCCAGAGCAUGGGCGCCUCCUCCUCACAGCCCCCAGAGCAUGGGCGCCUCCUCCUCACAGCCCCCCAGAGCAUGGGCGCCUCCUCCUCACAGCCCCCCAGAGCAUGGCGCCUCCUCCUCACAGCCCCCAGAGCAGCGGCGCCUCCUCCUCACAGCCCCCCAGAGCGGCGCGCCUCCUCCUCACAGCCCCCCAGAGCAUGGGCGCCUCCUCCUCACAGCCCCCCAGAGCAGGGCGCCUCCUCCUCACAGCCCCCCAGAGCAUGGGCGCCUCCUCCUCACAGCCCCCCAGAGCAUCGGCGCCUCCUCCUCACAGCCCCCAGAGCAGCGGCGCCUCCUCCUCACAGCCCCCCAGAGCAGCGGCGCCUCCUCCUCACAGCCCCCCAGAGCAUGGGCGCCUCCUCCUCACAGCCCCCCAGAGCAUGGGCGCCUCCUCCUCACAGCCCCCAGAGCAGCGGCGCCUCCUCCUCACAGCCCCCCAGAGCAGCGGCGCCUCCUCCUCACAGCCCCCCAGAGCAGCGGCGCCUCCUCCUCACAGCCCCCCAGAGCAGGGCGCCUCCUCCUCACAGCCCCCCAGAGCAUGGGCGCCUCCUCCUCACAGCCCCCCAGAGCAGCGGCGCCUCCUCCUCACAGCCCCCCAGAGCAUGGGCGCCUCCUCCUCACAGCCCCCCAGAGCAGCGGCGCCUCCUCCUCACAGCCCCCCAGAGCAUGGGCGCCUCCUCCUCACAGCCCCCCAGAGCAGCGGCGCCUCCUCCUCACAGCCCCCCAGAGCAGCGGCGCCUCCUCCUCACAGCCCCCCAGAGCAGCGGCGCCUCCUCCUCACAGCCCCCCAGAGCAGCGGCGCCUCCUCCUCACAGCCCCCCAGAGCAUGGGCGCCUCCUCCUCACAGCCCCCCAGAGCAUGGGCGCCUCCUCCUCACAGCCCCCAGAGCAGCGGCGCCUCCUCCUCACAGUCCCCCAGAGCAGCGCCCCCCAGAAGCAGCGGGCGCCUCUCCUCACAGCCCCCCCCAGAGCAGCAGCGCCUCCUCCCAGAGCAUGGGCGCCUCCUCCUCACAGCCCCCCCAGAGCAUGGGCGCCUCCUCCUCACAGCCCCCCCAGAGCAUGGGCGCCUCCUCCUCACAGCCCCCCAGAGCAUGGGCGCCUCCUCCUCACAGCCCCCCAGAGCAUGGCGCCUCCUCCUCAAAAGCCCCCAGAGCAGCGGCGCCACUACUCCUCACAGCCCCCCAGAGCAGCGGCGCCUCCUCUCACAGCCCCCCCCAGAGCAUGGGCGCCUCCUCGUCACAGUCCCCCAGAGCAUGGGCGCCUCCUCCUCACAGCCUCCCAGAGCAUGGGCGCCUCCUCCUCACAUCCCCCCAGAGCAGGGCGCCUCCUCCUCACAGCCCGCUCAGAGCACCGGGCUCCUCCUCCUCCACUAGCCCCCCACAGAGCAGUGCGCCUCCUCCUCACAGCCCCCCAGAGCAGCGGCGCCUCCUCCUCACAGCCCCCCAGAGCAGCGGCGCCUCCUCCUCACAGCCCCCCAGAGCAUGGGCGCCUCCUCCUCACAGCCCUCCAGAGCAUGGGCGCCUCCUCUUCACAGCCCCCCAGAGCAUGUUCGCCUCCUCCUCACAGCCCCCCAGAGCAUGGGCGCCUCCUCCUCACAGCCCCCCAGAGCAGCAGCGCCUCCUCCUCACAGCCCCCAAGAGCAUGGGCUGCACUCCUCCUCACAGCCCCCAGAGCAGCGGCGCUCCUCCUCACAGCCCCCCAGAAGCAGCGGCGCCUCCUCCUCACAGCCCCCCAAAGCAGCGGCACCUCCUCCUCACAGCCACCCCAGAGCAUGGGCGCCUCUUCCUCACAGCCCCCCAGAGCAGCGGCGCCUCCUCCUCACAGCCCCCCAGAGCAGCGGCGCCUCCUUCGCACAGCCCCCCAGAGCAGCGGAGCCUCCUCCUCACAGCCCCCCAGAGCAAGGGCGCCUCCUCCUCACAGCCCCCCAGAGCAUGGGCGCCUCCUCCUCACGGCCCCCCAGAGCAGCGGCGCCUCCUCCUCACAGCCCCCCAGAGCAUGGGCGCCUCCUCCUCACAGCCCCCCAGAGAACCAGCGCCUCCUCCUCACAGCCCCCCAGAGCAUGGGCGCCUCCUCCUCACAGCCCCCCAGAGCAGCGGCGCCUCCUCCUCACAGCCCCCCAGAGCAGCGGAGCCUUCUCCUCACAGCCCCCCAGAGCAGCGGCGACUCCUCCUCACGGCCCCCCAGAGCACCAGCGCCUCCUCCUCACAGCCCCCCAGAGCAUGGGCGCCUCCUCCUCACAGCACCCCAGAGCAUGGGCGCCUCCUCCUCACAGCCCCCAGACGCAUGGCCCUCCUCAUACACAGCCCCCAGAGCAUGGGCGCCUCCUCCUCACAGCCCCCCAGAGCAGCAAGCAGCGGCGCCUCCUCCUCACAGCCCCCCAGAGCAUGGGCGGCCUCCUCCUCACAGCCCCCCAGAGCAUGGCGCCUCCUCCUCACAGCCCCCCAGAGCAUGGGCGCCUCCUCCUCACAGCCCCCUCAGAGCAUGGGCGCCUCCUCCUCACAGCCCCCAGAGCAGCGGCGCCUCCUCCUCACAGCCCCCCCAGAGAAUGGGCGCCUCCUCCUCACAGCCCCCCCAGAGCAUGGGCGCCUCCUCCUCACAGCCCCCCAGAGCAUGUUCCGCCUCCUCCUCACAGCCCCCCCAGAGCAUGGGCGCCCUCCUCCUCCACAGCCCCCCAGAGCAGCGGCGCCUCCUCCUCCACAGCCCCCAGAGCAGCGGCGCCUCCUCCUCACAGCCCCCCAGAGCAGCGGCUCCUCCUCCUCACAGCCCCCCAGAGCAUGGGCGCCUCCUCCUCACAGCCCCCCAGAGCAUGGGCGCCUCCUCCUCACAGCCCCCCAGAGCAUGGGCGCCUCCUCCUCACAGCCCCCCAGAGCAUGGGCGCCUCCUCCUCACAGCCCCCCAGAGCAUGGGCGCCUCUCCUCACAGCCCCCCAGAGCAGCGGCGCCUCCUCCUCACAGCCCCCCAGAGCAGCAGCGCCUCCUCCUCACAGCCACCCAGAGCAUGGGCGCCUCCUCCUCACAGCCCCCCAGAGCAUGGGCGUCUCCUCCUCACAGCCCCCCAGAGCAUGUGCGCCUCCUCCUCACAGCCCCCCAGAGCAUGGGCGCCUCCUCCUCACAGCCCCCCAGAGCAUGGGCGCCUCCUCCUCACAGCCCCCCACACAUGGCGCCUCCUCCUCACAGCUACCGCUCAGAGCAUGGGGCGCCUCCUCCUCACAGCCCCCCAGAGCAUGCGGCGCCUCCUCCUCACAGCCCCCCAGAGCAUGGGCGCCUCCUCCUCACAGCCCCCCAGAGCAUGGGCGCCUCCUCCUCACAGCCCCCCAGAGCAGCGGCGCCUCCUCCUCACAGCCCCCCAGAGCAUGGGCGCCUCCUCCUCACAGCCCCCCAGAGCAGCGGCGCCUCCUCCUCACAGCCCCCCAGAGCAGCGGCGCCUCCUCCUCACAGCCCCCCAGAGCAUGGGCGCCUCCUCCUCACAGCCCCCCAGAGCAUGGGCGCCUCCUCCUCACAGCCCCCCAGAGCAUGGGCGCCUCCUCCUCACAGCCCCCCAGAGCAUGGGCGCCUCCUCCUCACAGCCCCCCAGAGCAUGGGCGCCUCCUCCUCACAGCCCCCAGAGCAUGGGCGCCUCCUCCUCACAGCCCCCCAGAGCAGCGGCGCCUCCUCCUCACAGCCCCCCAGAGCAUGGGCGCCUCCUCCUCACAGCCCCCCAGAGCAUGGGCGCCUCCUCCUCACAGCCCCCCAGAGCAUGGGCGCCUCCUCCUCACAGCCCCCUAGAGCAUGGCCGCCUCCUCCUCACAGCCCCGUCAGAGGCCAGCGGCGCCUCCUCCUCACAGCCCCCCAGAGCAUGGGCGGCCUCCUCCUCACAGCCCACCCAGAGCAUGGGCGACCUCCUCCUCACAGCCUCCCAGAGCAUGGGCGCCUCCUACCUCACAGCCCCCAGAGCAUGAGGCGCCUCCUCGUCACAGCCCCCCAGAGCAUGGGCGCCUCCUCCUCACAGCCCCCCAGAGCAUGGCGCCUCCUCCUCACAGCCCCCCAGAGCAUGGGCGACUCCUCCUCACAGCCCCCCAGAGCGUGGGCGCCCUCCUCUCACAGCCACCCCAGAGCCAUGGCGCCUCCUCCUCACAGCCCCCCGAGCAGCGGCGCCUCCUCCUCACAGCCCCCCAGAGCAUGGGCGCCUCAUCCUCACAGCCCCCCAGAGCAUGAGCGCCUCCUCCCUCACAGCCCACCAGAGCAGCGGCGCCCUCCAUCCUCACAGCCCCCCAGAGCAUGGGCGCCUCCUCCUCACAGCCCCCCAGAGCAUGGGCGCCUCCUCCUCACAGCCCCCCAGAGCAUGGGCGCCUCCUCCUCACAGCCCCCCAGAGCAUGGGCGCCUCCUCCUCACAGCCCCCUAGAGCAGCGGCGCCUCCUCCUCACAGCCCCCCAGAGCAUGGGCGCCUCCUCCUCACAGCCCCCCAGAGCAUGGGCGCCUCCUCCUCACAGCCCCCCAGAGCAGCGGCGCCUCCUCCUCACAGCCCCCCAGAGCAUGGGCGCCUCCUCCUCACCGCCCCAUAGCAUGCCCCUCCUCACAGCCGCCCCAGAGCAUGGGCGCCUCCUCCUCACAUCCCCCCAGAGCAUGGGCGCCUCCUCCUCACAGCCCCCCAGAGCAUGGGCGCCUCCUCCUCACAGCCCCCCAGAGCAGCGGCGCCUCCUCCUCUUAGUCCCCAGAGCAGCAGCGCCUCCUCCUCACAGCCCCCCAGAGCAGCGGCGCCUCCUCCUUACAGCCCCCAGAGCAGCGGCGCCUCCUCCUCACAGGCCCCCCAGAGCAGCGGCGCCUCCUCCUCACAGCCCCCCAGAGCAUGGGCGCCUCCUCCUCACAGCCCCCAGAGCAGCGGCGCCUCCUCCUCACAGCCCCCCAGGAGCAGCGGCGCCUCAUCCUCACAGGCCCCCAGAGCAUUGGAGCCUCCUCCUCACAGCCCCCCAGAGCAUGGGCGCCUCCUCCUCACAGCCCCCCAGAGCAUGGGCGCCUCCUCCUCACAGCCCCCCAGGAGCAUGGGCGCCUCCUCCUCACAGCCCCCCAGAGCAUGGCCGCCUCCUCCUCACAGCCCCCCAGAAGCAGCGGCGCCUCCUCCUCACAGCCCCCCAGAGCAGCGGCGCCUCCUUCUCACAGCCCCCCCAGAGCAUGGGCGCCUCCUCCUCACAGCCCCCCAGAGCAUGGGCGCCUCCUCCUCACAGCCUCCCAGAGCAUGGGCGCCUCCUCCUCACAGCCCCCCAGAGCAUGGGAGCCUCCUCCUCACAGCCCCCCAGAGCAGCGGCGCCUCCUCCUCACAGCCCCCCAGAGCAGCAGCGCCUCCUCCUCACAGCCCCCCAGAGCAUGGGCGCCUCCUCCCCACAGCCCCCCAAGCAAUGGGCGCCUCCUCCUCACAGCCCCCCAGAGCAGCAGCGCCUCCUCCUCGCAGCCCCCAGAGCAUGGGCGCCUCCUCCUCACAGCCCCCCAGAGCAGCGGCGCCUCCUCCUCACAGCCCCCCAGAGCAUGGGCGCCUCCUCCUCACAGCCCCCCAGAGCAUGGGCGCCUCCUCCUCACAGCCCCCAGAGCAGCGGCGCCUCCUCCUCACAGCCCCCAGAGCAGCGGCGCCCUCCUCACAGGCCCCCCAGAGCAUGGGAGCCUCCUCCUCACAGCCCCCAGAGCAUGGCGCCUCCUCCUCACAGCCCCCCAGAGCAUGGGCGCCUCCUCCUCACAGCCCCCCAGAGCAUGGGCGCCUCCUCCUCACAGCCCCCCCAGAGCAUGGCCGCCUCCUCCUCACAGCCCCCCAGAGCAGCGGCGCCUCCUCCUCACAGCCCCCCAGAGCAGCGGCGCCUCCUCCUCACAGCCCCCCAGAGCAUGGGCGCCUCCUCCUCACAGCCCCCCAGAGCAUGGGCGCCUCCUCCUCACAGCCCCCCAGAGCAUGGGCGCCUCCUCCUCACAGCCCCCCAGAGCAUGGGCGCCUCCUCCUCACAGCCCCCCAGAGCAGCGGCGCCUCCUCCUCACAGCCCCCCAGAGCAGCGGCGCCUCCUCCUCACAGCCCCCCAGAGCAUGGGCGCCUCCUCCUCACAGCCCCCCAGAGCAUGGGCGCCUCCUCCUCACAGCCCCCCAGAGCAGCGGCGCCUCCUCCUCACAGCCCCCCAGAGCAUGGGCGCCUCCUCCUCACAGCCCCCCAGAGCAGCGGCGCCUCCUCCUCACAGCCCCCCAGAGCAUGGGCGCCUCCUCCUCACAGCCCCCCAGAGCAUGGGCGCCUCCUCCUCACAGCCCCCCAGAGCAUGGGCGCCUCCUCCUCACAGCCCCCCAGAGCAUGGGCGCCUCCUCCUCACAGCCCCCCAGAGCAUGGGCGCCUCCUCCUCACAGCCCCCCAGAGCAGCGGCGCCUCCUCCUCACAGCCCCCAGAGCGCGGCGCCUCCUUCCUCACAGCCCCCCCAGAGCAUGGGCGCCUCCUCCUCACAAGCAGCGGCGCCUCCUCCUCACAGCCCCCCAGAGCAGGGCGCCUCCUCCUCACAGCCCCCCAGAGCAUGGGCGCCUCCUCCUCACAGCCCCCCAGAGCAUGGGCGCCUCCUCCUCACAGCCCCCCAGAGCAUGGGCGCCUCCUCCUCACAGCCCCCCAGAGCAUGGGCGCCUCCUCCUCACAGCCCCCCAGAGCAGCGGCGCCUCCUCCUCACAGCCCCCCAGAGCAUGCGGCGCCUCCUCCUCACAGGCCCCCAGAGCAUGGGCGCCUCCUCCUCACAGCCCCCCCAGAGCAUGGGCGCCUCCUCCUCACAGCCCCCCAGAGCAUGGCGCCUCCUCCUCAUAGCCCCCCAGAGCAUGGGCGCCUCCUCCUCACAGCCCCCCCAGAGCAUGGCCGCCUCCUCCUCACAGCCCCCCAGAGCAGCGGCGCCUCCUCCUCACAGCCCCCCAGAGCAGCGGCGCCUCCUUCUCACAGCCCCCCCAGAGCAUGGGCGCCUCCUCCUCACAGCCUCCCAGAGCAUGGGCGCCUCCUCCUCACAGCCCCCCAGAGCAUGGGCGCCUCCUCCUCACAGCCCCCCAGAGCAUGGGCGCCUCCUCCUCACAGCCCCCCAGAGCAUGGGCGGCCUCCUCCUCACAUCCCCCCAGAGCAUGGGCGCCUCCUCCUCACAGCCCCCCAGAGCAUGGGCGCCUCCUCCUCACAGCCCCCCAGAGCAGCGGCGCCUCCUCCUCACUAGUCCCCCAGAGCAGCAGCGCCUCCUCCUCACAGCCCCCCAGAGCAGCGGCGCCUCCUCCUUACAGCCCCCAGAGCAGCGGCGCCUCCUCCUCACAGCCCCCCAGAGCAGCGGCGCCUCCUCCUCACAGCCCCCCAGAGCAUGGGCGCCUCCUCCUCACAGCCCCCAGAGCAGCGGCGCCUCCUCCUCACAGCCCCCCAGAGCAGCGGCGCCUCCUCCUCACAGGCCCCCAGAGCAUGGGAGCCUCCUCCUCACAGCCCCCCAGAGCAUGGGCGCCUCCUCCUCACAGCCCCCAAGAGCAUGGGCGCCUCCUCCUCACAGCCCCCCAGAGCAUGGGCGCCUCCUCCUCACAGCCCCCCAGAGCAUGGCAGCCUCCUCCUCACAGCCCCCCAGAGCAGCGGCGCCUCCUCCUCACAGCCCCCCACAGCAUGGGCGCCUCCUCCUCACAGCCCCCAGAGCAUGGGCGCCUCCUCCUCACAGCCCCCUAGAGCAGCGGCGCCUCCUCCUCACAGCCUCCAGAGCAUGGGCGCCUCCUCCUCAAAGCCCCCACAGAGCAUGGGAGCCUCCUCCUCACAGCCCCCCAGAGCGCGGCGCCUCCUCCUCCACAGCCCCCCAGAGCAGCGGCGCCCUCCUCCUCACAGCCCCCCAGAGCAUGGGGCGCCUCCUCCCCACAGCCCCCCAGAGUCUGGGCGCCCUCCUCCUCACAGCCCCCCAGAGCAAGCAGCGCCUCCUCCUCGCAGCCCCCCAGAGCAUGGGCGCCUCCUCCUCACAGCCCCCCAGAGGCAGCGGCGCCUCCUCCUCACAGCCCCCCAGAGCAUGGGCGCCUCCUCCUCACAGCCCCCCAGAGCAUGGGCGCCCUCCUCCUCACAGCCUCCCAGAGCACCAGCGCCUCCUCCUCACAGCCCCCCAGAGCAUGGGCGCCCUCCUCCUCACAGCCCCCCAGAGCAGCGGAGCCUCCUCCUCACAGCCCCCCAGAGCAUGGGCGCCUCCUACUCACCAGCCCCCCAGAGCAUGGGCGCCUCCUCUCACAGCCCCCCAGAGCAUGGGCGCCUCCUCCUCACAGCCCCCCCAGAGCAUGGGCGCCUCCUCCUCACAGCCCCCCAGAGCAUGGGCGCCUCCUCCUCACAGCCCCCCAGAGCAUGGGCGCCUCCUCCUCACAGCCGCCCAGAGCAUGGGCGCCUCCUCCUCACAGCCCCCCAGAGCAUGGGCGCCUCCUCCUCACAGCCCCCCAGAGCAUGGGCGCCUCCUCCUCACAGCCCCCCAGAGCAUGGGCGCCUCCUCCUCACAGCCCCCCAGAGCAUGGGCGCCUCCUCCUCACAGCCCCCCAGAGCAGCGGCGCCUCCUCCUCACAGCCCCCCCAGAGCAUGGGCGCCUCCACCUCACAGCCCCCAGAGCAUGGGCGCCUCCUCCUCACAGCCCCCCAGAGCAUGGGCGCCUCCUCCUCACAGCCCCCCAGAGCAGCGGCGGCCUCCUCCUCAACAGCCCCCCAGAGCAUGGGCGCCUCCUCCUCACAGCCCCCCAGAGCAUGGGCGCCUCCUCCCUCACAGCCCCCCAGACGCAUGGGCGCCCUUCCUCACAGCCCCCCAGAGCAUGGGCGCCUCCUCCUCACAGCCCCCCAGAGCAUGGGCGCCUCUUCCUCACAGCCCCCAAGAGUAUGGGCGCCUCCUCCUCACAGCCCCCCAGAGCAGCGGCGCCUCCUCCUCACAGCCCCCCAGAGCAUGGGGCGCCUCCUCCUCACAGCCCCCCAAGAGCAGCGGCGCCUCCUCCUCACAGGCCCCAGAGCAGCGGCGCCUCCUCCUCAAGGCCCCCCAGAGCAGCGUUGCCUCCUCCUCUUAGUCCCACAGAGCAGCGGCGCCCUCCUCCUCACAGCCCCCCAGAGCAGCGGCGCCUCCUCCUUACAGCCCCCAGAGCAUGGGCGCCUCCUCCUCACAGCCCCCAGAGCAGCGGCGCCUCCUCCUCACAGCCUCCCAGAGCAGCGGCGCCUCCUCCUCACAGGCCCCCAGAGCAUGGGCGCCUCCUCCUCACAGCCCCCAGAGCAUGGGCGCCUCCUCCUCACAGCCCCCCAGAGCAUGGGCGCCUCCUCCUCACAUCCCCCCAGAGCCUGGGCGCCUCCUCCUCACAGCCCCCCAGAGCAUGGGCGCCUCCUCCUCACAGCCCCCCAGACCAGCGGCGCCUCCUCCUCACAGCCCCCCAGAGCAGCGGCGCCUCCUUCUCACAGCCCCCCCAGAGCAUGGGCGCCUCCUCCUCACAGUCCCCCAGAGCAUGCGGCGCCUCCUCCUCACAGCCUCCCAGAGCAUGGGCGCCUCCUCCUCACAGCCCCCCAGAGCGAUGGGCGCCUCCUCCUCACAGCCCCCCAGAGCAGCGGCGCCUCCUCCUCACAGCCCCCCAGAGCAGCGGCGCCUCCUCCUCACAAGCCCCCCAGAGCAUUGGCGCCUCCUCCUCACAGCCCCCCAGAUCAGCAGCGCCUUCUCCUCGCAGCCCCCCAGAGCAUGGGCGCCUCCUCCUCACAGCCCCCCAGAGCAGCAGCUCCUCCUACAGCCCCCAGAGCAGGGCGCCUCCUCCUCACAGCCCCCAGAGCAUGGGCGCCUCCUCCUCACAGCCCCCAGAGCAGCGGCGCCUCCUCCUCACAGGCCUCCCAGAGCAGCGGCGCCAUCCUCCUCACAGCCCCCAGAGCAUGGGCGCCUCCUCCUCACAGCCCCCAGAGCAUGGGCGCCUCCUCCUCACAGCCCCCCAGAGCAUGGGUCGCCUCCUCCUCACAGCCCCCCAGAGUCAUGGGCGCCUCCUUCCUCACAGCCCCCCAGAGCAUGGCCGCCUCCUCCUCACAGCCCCCCAGAGCAGCGGCGCCUCCUCCUCACAGCCCCCCAGAGCAGCGGCGCCUCCUUCUCACAGCCCCCCCAGAGCAUGGGCGCCUCCUCCUCACAGUCCCCAGAGCAUGGGCGCCUCCUCCUCCAGCCUCCCAGAGCAUGGGCGCCUCUGCCUCCCAGCCCCCCAGAGCAGCGGCGCCUCCUCCUCACAGCCCCCCAGAGCAGCGGCGCCUCCUCCUCACAGCCCCCCAGAGCAUGGGCGCCUCCUCCUCACAGCCCCCCAGAGCAGCGGAGCCUCCUCCUCACAGCCCCCCAGAGCAUGGGCGCCUCCUACUCACAGCCCCCCAGAGCAUGGGCGCCUCCUCCUCACAGCCCCCCAGAGCAUGGGCGCCUCCUCCUCACAGCCCCCAGAGCAUGGGCGCCUCCUCCUCACAGCCCCCCAGAGCAUGGGCGCCUCCUCCUCACAGCCCCCCACGCCCAGAGCAUGGGCGCCUCCUCCUCACAGCCGCCCAGAGCAUGGGCGCCUCCUCCUCACAGCCCCCCAGAGCAGCGGCGCCUCCUCCUCACAGCCCCCCAGAGCAGCGGCGCCUCCUCCUCACAGCCCCCCAGAGCAUGGGCGCCUCCUCCUCACAGCCCCCCAGAGCAGCGGCGCCUCCUCCUCACAGCGCCCCAGAGCAUGGGCGCCUCCUCCUCACAGCCCCCUAGAGCAGCGGCGCCUCCUCCUCACAGCCCCCCAGAGCAUGGGCGCCUCCUUCCUCACAAGCCCCCCAGAGCAUGGGCGCCUCCUCCUCACAGCCCCCCAGAGCAUGGGCGCCUCCUCCUCACAGCCCCCCAGAGCAGCGGCGCCUCCUCCUCACAAGCCCCCCAGAGCAUCGGGCGCCUCCUCCUCACAGCCCCCCAGAGCAUGGGCGCCUCCUCCUCACAAGCUAUGGGCGCCUCCUCCUCACAGCCCCCCAGAGCAGCGGCGCCUCCUCCUCACAGCCCCCCAGAGCAUGGGCGCCUCCUCCUCACAGCCCCCCAGAAGCAGGCGGCGCCUCCUCCUCACAGGCCCCCAGAGCAGCGGCGCCUCCUCCUCACAGGCCCCCAGAGCAGCGGCGCCUCCUCCUCUUAGUCCCCAGAGCAGCGGCGCCUCCUCCUCACAGCCCCCCAGAGCAGCGGCGCCUCCUCCUCACAGCCCCCAGAGCAUGGGCGCCUCCUCCUCACAGCCCCCAGAGCAGCGGCGCCUCCUCCUCACAGCCCCCCAGAGCAGCGGCGCCUCCUCCUCACAGCCCCCCAGAGCAUGGGCGCCUCCUCCUCACAGCCCCCCAGAGCAGCGGCGCCUCCUCCUCACAGCCCCCCAGAGCAUGGGCGCCUCCUCCUCACAGCCCCCCAGAGCAUGGGCGCCUCCUCCUCACAGCCCCCCAGAGCAGCGGCGCCUCCUCCUCACAGCCCCCCAGAGCAUGGGCGCCUCCUCCUCACAGCCCCCCAGAGCAUGGGCGCCUCCUCCUCACAGCCCCCCAGAGCAUGGGCGCCUCCUCCUCACAGCCCCCCAGAGCAUGGGCGCCUCCUCCUCACAGCCCCCCAGAGCAUGGGCGCCUCCUCCUCACAGCCCCCCAGAGCAUGGGCGCCUCCUCCUCACAGCCCCCCAGAGCAUGGGCGCCUCCUCCUCACAGCCCCCAGAGCAGGGGCGCCUCCUCCUCACAGCCCCCCAGAGCAGCGGCGCCUCCUUCCUCACAGCCCCCCCAGAGCAUGAGCGCCCUCCUCCUCACAGUCCCCCACGAGGCUGGGCGCCUCCUCCUCACCAGCCUCCCAGAGCAUGGGCGCCUCCUCCUCACAGCCCCCCAGAGCAUGGAGCCUCCUCCUCACAGCCCCCCAGAAGCAGCGGCGCCUCCUCCUCACAGCCCCCCAGAGCAGCGGCGCCUCCUCCUCACAGCCCCCCAGAGCAUGGGCGCCUCCUCCCCACAGCCCCCCAGAGCAUGGGCGCCUCCUCCUCACAGCCCCCCAGAGCACCAGCGCCUCCUCCUCACAGCCCCCCAGAGCAUGGGCGCCUCCUCCUCACAGCCCCCCAGAGCAGCGGCGCCUGCUCCUUACAGCCCCUAGAGCAUAGGGCGCCUCCUCCCUCACAGCCCCCCAGAGCAGCGGCGCCUCCUCCUCACCAGCCCCCCAGAGCAUGGGCGCCUCCUCCUCACAGCCCUCCAGAGCAUGGGCGCCUCCUCCUCACAGCCCUCCAGAGCAUCGGCGCCUCCUCCUCACAGCCCCCCAGAGCAUGGGCGCCUCCUCCUCACAGCCCCCCAGAGCAGCGGAGCCUCCUCCUCACAGCCCCCCAGAGCAUGGGCGCCUCCUCCUCACAGCCCCCCAGAGCAUGGGCGCCUCCUCCUCACAGCCCCCAGAGCAUGGGCGCCUCCUCCUCACAGCCCCCCAGAGCAUGGGCGCCUCCUCCUCACAGCCCCCCAGAGCAUCGGCGCCUCCUCCUCACAGCCCCCCAGAGCAGCGGCGCCUCCUCCUCACAGCCCCCCCCAGAGCAUGGGCGCUGCGGAGAUAACUGCAGCAACGGGAGCUAG